UCAGAAAGACAUCGCAGCCCGUCCCGUUCCAGCCGUCGGCGCAGCCCAGGCUCCAGCCGCGCCCUAGACCGCCGAGCCGUCCCGGUCGGCCGACGCCGCCGCCACCCAUGGCGACGAAGCAGACGCCGCCGUCCGCUUCGACAUCCGGUGCCGGGGUGUCCAUGAAGGACUACCUCAAGCGCUACCAGUCCGGCCCCGCCGCCGCCGACCCGAAGAAGGCCAAGAAGAAGAAGCCCAAGCCCACCGCCGCGGCGGGGGGAGGAGGGGUGCUCAUCGUCGACGAGGACCCCGUGUGGCAGAAGCCUGUCCAGAUCGAGGAGGACGAUCCCGCGUCGUCAGGGGACGAGAGGCCUUUGGUGGACGAAGACAUCGAGGUCAAGCGGAUGCGCCGCAUGGAGGCCGUACGCGCGGCGCGGCCUUACAACUCCAUCGCUGACGACGGCAGCGGGUGGGUCACGCUGCCCGUCCCAGAGCCUCUGAACGGUGACUCACACCGCCGCCGCCGGAACGACACCCCGUCACCGGAGAGGGGAGGCGCUGGAAGGAAGGAGGACCUUUCUCCCCCGCGGCGAAGGCAGCGACGUGAUACACCCUCGCCUAAGCAUGGAGGUGUUGCAGGGGAGGACCUUUCACCCCCGAGGCAGUGGCAAAGGCGUCGUGACACACCAUCGCCGUGGGCCAAAGAUACAGCAGAUCGAGACGAUUUGUCACCGCCAAGGAAGUCUAGGCGGCAACAAGAUCCCUCUCCUCCAAGGAGGCGUGCUCGCCGUGAUUCCGAGGAACCACAGGACCUCUCACCACCACGGAGGCGCACGAGAGAUGACUCAGAGGAGCCUCGGGACCUUUCUCCGUGCCGAAGAGCGCGACAUGAUUCAGAGGACCUCAAAGACCUCUCUCCCCCUCGACGACUAACACGGCAUGACUCACGGGACCCCAAAGACCUCUCUCCCCCUCGGCGACGGGCUCGGCAUGAUACAAAGGAGCCCGAGGACAUCUCUCCACCACGGAGAAGGAAGCACCAGGACUCGACACAGCUGGAAGAUCUGUCACCCCCAAGAAGGCAAAAUUUGGGACAGAGCCUGGGCGAUGGGGAUAUUUCACCUCCAAGGAAGGGUCGGAAGUUUGCAUCAGAUGAUUUGUCUCCACCUCGUAAGGAGAGGGAUCUUUCUCCUCCAAGGAAGGGUAGAAAGGAAGGAGCUCCCAAAGAGGUGAGAAAAGCUGGGUUGAUGUCAGCGGAAGAAGUUAAAGAGGACAUCAGAAAGCUUAAGGAGGACGAGAAGCAUAAGUUCCUAGCUCAGGAUCCCUCAUUCACUGGUAAAGGUGCAAAGACAGUAUUUCGAGACAAGGAAGGAAAACGGAUAAAUCAAGAAGACAUACAGAAGGCAAAGGGAGACGAGAAGCCAAAGGAAAAGCAUAUAGAAUGGGGUAAAGGCUUGGUACAGAAGAGAGCUGCAGAGGCUAGAGUGCAGGACCUUGAAGCUGAGAAGAGCAAGCCAUUUGCACGAACCAGGGAUGAUCCUGAGCUUGACAGCAUGCUGAAAAACAGGCUCCGGUGGGGUGAUCCUAUGGCUCAUCUAGUCAAGCGCAAAGAUACUGACUUACUUCUCGAUGACUUGGGAGAUGAUGAGAAGAUGAAAGAAUCUGGCUUUAUAGUUCCCCAAAAUGUACCCAGUCACAGCUGGCUGAAACGUGGGGUGGAUCCUCCUCCAAACCGUUAUGGCAUAAAACCUGGUCGUCAUUGGGAUGGAGUUGAUCGCAGCAAUGGAUACGAGAAGGGUAUGUAUAUGCUAAAGAACGAGAAGCAAGCAAUGGAGCAAGAGGCCUAUCUUUGGUCUGUCGCAGAUAUGUGAGCGUCGCUGCUGUUCCAAGAUCAUGCAUGCCUGAUGCUUUGGUUACACGCCGAUCAAAUGUUGAAGUACUGCAUUGUGCCUGAAAGGAAAUGAAGCCUCUUGGAUGUUUCUUUCUGCAAAAGAUCAUACCUGGAAACGAUGUGCUGGAUUAUCUCCACAGCUUUGCUUGAAAGCUCAAUGGAGUACGUAGCAAUUUUGUUGUUUGUUUGUUGAGUUGUACUACAGAUGCCCAUUGACAACCUUCAUAUUGUCGCAACAUGUAAGCAAAAAAAACAUAGGACGCAUAAGCAGGCUUUGGACCGAGAAUUUGGCUAGAGCAUGAGCAAGUAUGAAAAGGAAAAGAAGAAUAGAAAAAUGAAAUUGAUGGUCCACUGUCCUUGAGUAAGAAAUGAAUGUAAACGCCAUGUUUCUGUUUUAGCAAGCGUGCUGAGUUCGACAGUCCCUGUUUGUUUGAUGUAUGAGUAUGAUGCAAUGUUGUUCCUGUC